AUGGAAUCGAUCACGCAGGGAUUCUACACCACUCUCUUUCGCUCGUCGACGCCCGUGUCAAACCUCAUUAUUCCCACUGGAGAAAUAACACAACGGAUUCUACCUGCUGAAGAACGCGUCGCAAUCCAAACCAUGAAGGCAGCCACGGCUCCGCGACUGGAACACGUUUCAGCCAACCUCUUACGAGCUAAGCACAUCGCCUUCAUGAGUGAUAGGGAGGGACCUUAG